AUGUUGUCUCGCCGGGCAUUGAAGCCAUACCUGGCUGAGUUCCUCGGAACGGCCCUGCUAAUCGUCAUUGGCGAUGGAGUUGUCGCCCAGUGUCUGCUGUCAGACUACCAGUACGGCACCUGGUUGUCCAUCAACAUUGCGUGGGCUUCCGCCGUCUGCCUCUCCAGCUUCCUAUCCGAUCCCAGCCCGACCAUCAACCCCGCCGUAACUAUUUGCACGGCUCUUGUCCGCCCAUCUGCCGGCCAGUGGAAAACGCUCCCUCUUAAACUGGCCGCGCAGUUCCUGGGCGGGUUCGUCGGCGCUGCCCUCGUGUACAUCAACUACCGAUCGGCCAUCAAGGCUUGGGAUCCCGAGUAUACCAUUCCCGGAGGAUCGAUCUUGAGUCCGCUCGGCCACCAUUCAGCCGGCAUCUUCUCGACCUAUCCCUCUUCCUUCUUAGUAUCGAACUUGGAGGCGGUGUUUUCCGAGGUCCUGGGCUCAGCUGUGUUGAUGUUUGGUUGUCUGAGCAUCUCCGAUCCGGGAAAUGCCCAGCGUUUCACUGCUCCGCAUCUCUCCCUCUUCCUGCUCCUGCUUAUGAUCGGAGCUGCUUUGGGAUGGCAGACCGGCUAUGCUCUUAACCCCGCUAGAGAUUUUGGUCCCAGAUUGUUCUCUGCUAUUAUAUACGGCUCUGAAGUGUUCACGGCCGAUGGGUACUAUUUCCUUGUGCCCCUCUUCGCCCCCAUUCUCGGCUGUAUCGUAGGCGCGGGAACUUACGACGUGAUGCUGUUCGAGGGAGACGGAUCGCCUAUUGCUGAUGCAUUGGACAAGGCCGAGGAGCAUGGAUCUCUUCGAUUGGACUAA